AUGAGGUUGCUUGUGAGUUUACUUAGGCUUAGAUAAAUAACCUGUGAAUCCCAACGACAAGCAGAAUAGUAUAAUUCAAUUUUGAUACAACACAUACGACACCAUCCAUAUCAAGAAACACCAUCAUCCCAUAUCCAUACAACCAAACCAUCCAUCAAACAUACACAUACAAAAAUGGCAGCAUCAUCAAACGUGAGUUCCCCAAGUGAAUAAUCUCCCUCUACCUUCUAGACCCCGCCACAUCCUCUCCGUUCUAACAAUAAAAUACCCAGGCCGACGUAUGCCUCUACCUCCUCACCAUCUUCAUCCCUCCCAUCCCCGUGUUCCUGAAAACCGGAUGCGGAGCCGACUUCCUGAUCAACAUCUGUCUCACGGUCCUCGGUUGGAUCCCAGGUGUCCUUCGUAUGUCUUUCCCCUCUCUUUUCCCUUCUCCUUCUCAUUAUUUUACAAUACAAGUACUAACAUGAAAACAGAUGGCUGGUACGUGAUCAGCAAACGCGAUCCAGCGAAAAUUGGCGCCAGGACGGUUGUCGUCUGAAGUCCUUGAUCAUACGCCCGCAAAUGAUGAACGGCAGAUGUGGAGAGCGAGAACUAUGAAAUGAGUGGGUGGGCACGAAUGGGGAUGUCGUAUGUGAUGGGGGAGUUGGCAAGGUUUUUGGUAAUGGGAAUACCUGGGGAUUGCGGGAUUGCGGCGUUUAUUUGCUUGUACUGUAUGUUAUGACAUGGGACCGGCUAGGAAGGAGGCUCUCUUGUUUUAGGGAAAGGAAUAUAUAUCCAAUCUCCAGCGUAACAA